GAUUUCAUGGUUGUUUCUCUUUUCCAGGCACACUUGGAGGAAAUAGUUGCCAAAGAUGCUAAAGAGAAAUUUGAUGCUGCAAGCGAAGCACUUUUAGCUGAACUUGUACUUGAACCUAAAAAGGGAAUUCAGAAAGGUGGUGAUUCUAAACAUAACCAGGACAAAAUGAAGGAUAAGAAAAAGAAAAGGGAUCACAGAAAAGCUAAGAGUUUAAAGAUGAAUGGUGGUAGUGAGCAGCAUCUCCACGCAAUACCUACAGAAGAAAUCCACUUCUCUAUUAAGUCUGAAAGUCAUCCAGAUUCGGAGAUUGUAGGUGGUGUUAGCGGUGAUGACCUGACACAACAAGAAAAAGAAUAUAGACAUAAAAUUGAGCUUGAAGCGGAGGAAAGAAAGCUUGAAGAGAUUCUGGAGUAUCGGAGGAAAAUCGAGAAUGAGGGCAAACAGAAGCAUCCAGGUGAGUUAGCAGCCGUUAAUGGUGAAGCACCCGACAGUUGCUUUGUGCCUUCUGAAGGCUUGAGAGGAAGGCAAUGCAAACGGCACAACAGCUAUACCAGUGUUGUAAAAGGCCGUUCCCGAUCCUUGGAUUCUGGAAAUGAUAUUCGUGAACCUGGGAUUCUUCAAAAUCAAAGUUCUGUCAGAGAGCACGCCAGUGUAGGGGAUUGGAAGACUCCUCAUGUUCUCAACAACACAUUUCAAGCAUGUCAAAUUUCACCGAUAGCUGGUCCAAGAAUGUUGCCUCCAGAGAUGUCCUCAGAAUCAGAUGCCCGUAGAGUUUCACAAAGUGAAACCAUUUUUGGCAGCAUUAAUGGAAUGGAGUUUUUAGGAACAUGGUCUAAAAAUGAAGCUGGCAAAUACAAAUGUUUGUGGCCUCAAUUGACAUCUUGAGAAGAUGAAAUCAUUUUCAACAGCAAGAACGGGACCGAGGUAUUGGGAGCAGGGUUAAAAAAUAAAGCUGGCGAAUAUAAUUGUUUUCUGAAUGUUAUUAUACAGUCCUUGUGGCAUUUAAAAGGCUUUCUCAAAGAGUUCUUAAGGGAAAAAAUAUCUACGCAUCUGCAUGUUGGGAAUCCUUGCGUUUUAUUAAUGGCAACUGCAAGAUGAAACUUAGCUUGGCAUCUACAGAUAUGCAGGCUGAAGCAGUUUCUGCUACCUCUCUGAGAGUUGCUCUUAGCAACUUGUAUCUAAAUAGUAAUUUCUUUCAACAGGCCCAGAUGAAUGAUGCUUCGGAAGUAAUGGCAGUAAUCUUUGACUGCCUUCAUAGAUCAUUUGCUUCUGUUUCAAGUGGAUUUGAUAUAGAAUACGAAGAUAAGAAUGUUGAUGAUUCUUGGGACUGUGAAAGCAAUACUUGUGUCGCACAUUCUCUUUUUGGAAUGAACAUCUUUGAGAAAAUGCAUUGCCACAGUUGUGGUUUGGAGUCGAAGCAUCUGAAGUACACUUCAUUCUUCCACAACAUCAAUGCUAGUGCACUCAGAACAGCGAAGAGUCUGGGUGCGGAUAGCUCUUUUGGCGAGCUUUUGUAUAACGUUCAGUUGAAUCAGCAGUUAGCAUGUGACCCAGAGUUUGGUGGCUGUGGAAAACUCAAUUAUAUGCAUCAGUUUCUUUCUCCACCACGUGUUCACAGCAGUUCUUGGUUGGCAGAAUACACAUGAGUGCGCAAAUGACAUAUCCGCAACACUGGCUGCCCUGACCACUGAAUUAGAUUUCGCUGUCCUAUAUCGUGGGCUGCUUCCAGGGAACAAACACCGCUUAGUUUCAAUGGCCUGCUAUUAUGGACAGCAUUAUGGCUGCUUUGCAUACAGUUGUGAACAAGACCGAUGGACAAUGUAUGAUGACGAAACUGUCAAGGUAAUCGGCGGAUGGGAUGACGU